AUCCAAACUUCUAGAAGUGCUUUAGCUUUUACUGGUACACAUCACAUGCGACACCCAUGCCAUGCUAGAACCCGUGAAGUUUCGUAUUCAUUUUCGCAAAUAAAAAUCUAGUUAGUUUCCCAAAUUUCAGUAAAAUGCCAGUGUGUUCAACUGAUAAUUCUACCUUUCGUUUUCAAAAAAACGAGUGUCUCUACUUUGGGAGAAGAACAUAGAUAUAUAUAUAUAGAGAGAGAGAGUUUAGAGAGUUUGAGGAUUGCAACAACAUUCAAGAAGUUGACCUCGAAGUAAAUCCCUUCUCUCUCUCUCUCUCUCUUAAAAUAAAUGCGCAACAAACCCCUGUUUCAGAAUUUACGAGAGCGAAUCAAAUGAUGUUCGUAAAAGCAUUCAAUAUUUUGAAUUGAAUUCACCAUCUAAAUCAGGAAGAAAUGGGUGCAGCAGUUCUAUUGCCUGGUAGGGUAUUCAGGAUUCUUUCAUGCCACCCUGUUGUUUCUUCAAGCACGUAUCGUGACCAUGGCUCAUAUUUUGGUCAUAGGUGGCAACCUCCAAGCUCAAGAAAAAACUCCAAUCGAAAGAGGAAACUUUUGUACAGAGGCAAAUGGCUCUAUAAAUCAAGACCUGUUAUUUAUUCAAGCAUGGAGGAUUCUAGUGACACCAUCACAGAUGUUCACGAUGGGGAUGGUGAUCCAUCAGUGAGGAGUGAAGUACUAGAAAUUAACGAAGGUGAACUUCUGGAAGCUAGAAAAGCUCUCUCUGAGGCGCAAGCCAGACAAGAAGCCAUUGAAAAAGAGAGAGAUCAGAUACUUGAAGAAUUGGCCCGUUCUGAGGCUAAACGGCAAGAAUAUGUGGCUACUGUAAUGCAUGAUGAGGACCUGGCCAUUACAGAGCUGGAGGCAGCAAAAUCUCUGUUCAAUCAAAAGCUGCAGGAAUCUGUAGAAGAGAAAUUUAACUUGGAAUCUAAGUUGGUUCUUGCUAAACAAGAUGCUGUUGAACUUGCAGUGCAAGUUGAAAAAUUAGCAGAAAUUGCUUUCCAGCAGGCCACGGCUCACAUAUUAGAGAAAGCCCAACUGAGAGUUUCAGCAGCUGAAACUUCUGCUGCGGAAGCAGCUUAUCAGAUUGAAGAGCGAAUACAAAAUGCUACUGAAGGUACCAUAGUAUCCAUUGUAGAACAAGCAAAGGAUGCUAUAGAGAAGGCUUUGUCUGUUGCAGAAACAGCCAGUGACCAUGUUUCAAAAGCCAUGGCAUUGUUUAUGGAUACCAUAAAUCCUGUCGAUGAGAUUGCUUCCAUCAAGUCACAUAAUAUUAAGUUGCGAAAUGCUAUCAAUGAUUUAGAAUCUGAAUUACUGCUUAAAAGAAAUGAGGUUGACAGUUUGAAGUUGGAAUUGGAACAAGUAUGUGAACAAGCAAGUGCAUUCCAACACCAUGCAAAUGAUGUUGACAAAAUGCUCCUUGAAAUUCAGGAGUCAGGCAGGAAAAAGGCUUUUCAAGAGGAGGAAGAGAUUGAAUCAUUGCUGGUGAAGACAAAGAAAGAUGUAGCAGAGAGAAGGAAAGCUGCUUCUAAGGCUUUGAAGGGUGAGUUGGAGGCCAUCAAGGCUGCUAUAGAAGCUGCUAAACGAACAGCACGUUCUAAAGAUGAGGCCUAUAUGCGAAGAUGUGAAGCACUGCAGAGAUCUUUAAAAGCAUUGGAUGCCACUUCGAAGAUGUGGAGACAGAGAGCAGAGAUGGCAGAAUCACUCUUGUUGAAGGAUAGACCACUUGGUGAAGUGGAUGAAGAUACAGUAUAUGUUGUUAAUGGUGGACGGAUUGACCUUCUGACCGAUGAUGAUUCACAAAAAUGGAAACUACUAUGUGAUGGUCCUCGCAGAGAAAUCCCUGACUGGAUGGCACGAAGAAUCCACUCCAUUUGUCCUAAGUUUCCACCUAGAAAGAUUGAUGUUUCUGAAGCCUUGACAUCAACAUUUAAAUCUUUGCAACUGCCAAAACCUGAUGAAGUAUGGUCCAUUGCUCAAGAAAAACCGAGGGAAGGAGACACACUUAUUGAGCAUGUGAUUGAGAAAGAAUUUAUUGAGAAGAAGCGAAAGGCUUUGGAACGCGCUCUUCAGCGAAAGACAGUACAAUGGGAAAGCAUGCCAGAACAAACAAAAUUAGAGCCAGGAACUGGUACUGGACGUGAGAUUGUGUUUCAAGGUUUCAAUUGGGAAAGCUGGAGAAAGCAGUGGUACCUGGAUCUAGCUCCUAAAGCUGCGGAUUUAUCUCAAUGUGGAAUCACUGCAGUGUGGUUUCCACCACCAACAGAAUCUGUUGCUCCUCAAGGUUAUAUGCCUUCUGACCUCUACAAUUUGAACUCAGCUUAUGGUUCUGUGGAAGAUCUUAAGCAUUGUAUAGAGGAAAUGCAUAAUCAAGAUCUGCUGGCCUUGGGAGAUGUUGUACUGAAUCAUCGAUGUGCACAUAAACAGAGUCCCAAUGGUGUUUGGAACAUAUUUGGCGGCAAGCUUGCAUGGGG